CGGAGUCGCGUAUCGUCUUGUCGCGUUGAAUCACCAACUUGAGGGUAGUCCUUUCACUUGCAUGGUCAAGAUCCGUCUCUUUUUUCACCAAGUUCUCUUUUCUGCCGUAUCGCAAUGGUCAACGCUCAAUGUCCGAUCUGCACUGAUUCCUAUCCCUUGGAAUCCUUUCUCUUCCUCGCGUGUGGUCAUGGAUGCUGUGACGGUUGUACAAAGAAUUACAAGGGCAAAGUCUGUUCAAUAUGCAGAAAACCCAAGGGCCUCGUCGAUCCUCAUCAAAUAUAUUUCACGGUCGUGGACGAUAGCUUCGAAGGAAAAGUGUCAUACAGUGCUGGAAAGCUCGAGAGCUUGGGCUCUCUUUCAGCGUCGAGCCAUGUUGCUUCCACAGCAAGUAAUUUGAGGGAGAUGAUACGCGACACACCUCUGGACGACAGUUUGAUAUCCCGCCUGCUUCAAGCCGCAGAUAACCUUGAGGAACGGUUACCAAUAUACGACCAACUCGAGGCUGAACGACAUAGCAACGCCACUUUGAAGACUCGUGUCGACGAAUUAGAACAGGACCUCCUGAUUUCACGGGAAUACUGCUUGAGCGUCGAUCGCGAACACAAAGAAAUCUUGCACAACUAUGCAGUUUCCCUUCAAGAAUCGAAAAGACUUAUCGAACACGAACAUACUCAAAAAGAGCUCGUUUACCAGAAAGCCAAGCAGCAAAAGAAAGAGAUGGAAAUGGAAAUCGCGAGGCUAACUUCAUUGUGUCUCGAGCAAGAGAAGCAGAUAAAACUGGAGAAGAAGAAGUCGAGGGCACUGGCUCGGCAGCAUACUCGCAAACGCGUAGAAGAAGACAACGACGAUUCUUUGGUUGUGACUAUGAAUUAGCGUCGCAAGGACGGUCGCCAUAACCUUUAUUUGUAUUCCCCUUGUUCCCAUGAUACCAAGUACAUAACGAUUUUCGCCGCUAUGUAAUAUAAAGAAGCGUACAAGGGGGGGAGGACAACAAUUAUUACAUACCGUAAUGUAUUACCAGAAAGCACAUUAAACUAAAACAACCCACAAGA